CGUAACUGUGGUCUCCAUCUGAUGAGAAAAAUAAACUGAGGGGGCAAAAGAACGGUGCAGAUAGACCGUUCUUCUCAUCCACCCGCCUCAGCAAGCCACAUCGUAGUGCACGCAUACGAAUCCGCCCUCUUGCACCCCCCUUUCACCUAUCCCCUGCCUCAAUGCCCAUCGUCUGGCAGGAAAAAUAGGAGACGUAUCCCUUCCUAUGAUACAUACACGUAGCCCCCGUAUUCCGCAUCUACCCCCUUCGUCUUUUACCACUCAUACAUAUUGCCACCACCCGCUCAUCACCUAUCAUACACUGUACGUCUCACUGCUAGCACCCGAAACAGGAGCACCAGCCACUGUUGCAUACGACCAACACGCACUACACUGCAUCCUUGCUAAGCCAAAUAACUCGAAAACUGCUAGCCUGAUCCAGAAAACGUUGAGUUGCCAGCCAACACACGAUCCCAUACACCUACCGAUUGACUCCUUUGCUCUCGAGAUCUCCUGCCAUACACAGCAUCAUCUGUGUCUAUCGGUACUUCUAAAUGAAGCAGUAAAAUGGCAGGUUGGCGGGGUCGAGGAGGUUAAACUUGCCGUCCUGGCCAUAUUUGUCGCCAGGCAGAGAGCCCUCGCGCGCGUGGAUCUUGGCCUGGAUGGCCUCCAUGGCUCUAGCGAAUUCGCGCACGGAAGGUGCAGCAUACUCACCGAGGUCGAUGGACUCGUACGAGUACAUCAGAGAACAGGGACGAUGGAGGGGGCGCACAUACGCUGAGCCAACAAGUAAGUCUGUACAAGCAGGAAGGAAGAACACAGGCAGGCACCCUGCUUAAAGCUGCCCCGACCCCCCAAAUUCCACAUACUGUGUGCAUACGCACGUUCCGCGAGGAUAUCUUCCUUGGUGAGGUCGUCAUCGACUGUUUGGCUGAUGUAGUAGGGCUGGAGGUCGACGGAUUCGCCAGGCUGGGAGGGCAUGGGAUGGUGAAGGGUCAUCGGCUUGUGCGGAAGGGCAUACAUAUGCCAACUGAAGGAGGCAGCAACCGACAGGGAAGCAGGAUUUGAGACAUGCUCAUACGUCCCUGUCACAACUCUCUCCCCAUCCUCUUUGUUCGUAUACUCCCCCCUCCGUGCGUGCGUGACGUUAAUGCGUUGGUUCAUACGUGUCGUCCGCAUUCAUGGUGUGAUGGAGCGCCGCCGUGCGGUAGAUGCAGCUGGUCACCACUCUCACCACCUCAUCCAACGACCGGAACGUGCCGGGGAAGCCGGGGAUGACGCCGCAAGUCGCCACACCCCACGACUGCAAUUCCCAGUCGGCCACCACGUCACCAUCGCUGAAGUAGUAAGCUGACAAGUAGUUCUAGGGAAGGGGAAGGCGGGGGGGGAAGGGGGGGUGCGAGGAUGUAUCAUGUCACCGGCUGGUCACGCACUGGCUCGUCAGCUACCUUCACGAAGGUUCUGAUGGCGUCGUAGAAGCUGAUGAGGUCGUCCUGUCGCUUGAAGCCAGGAAUCUUGGCGGUGCCGCGCUGCGCCAUGCGCACGUAGAGGUCGGCCUCCCAAAAGCUCCCCUCCUCCUCCAAUCUCGUCCACGCAUCAACAACCCACCUGCCCGUAGAUACAAAGAAGAGUUACACAUACAGCAUCAGGACGAAGUGCCAUGCCUCAGACGAAACUCCCUGUUGUGAGCACAGCCACUUGCACGUAGACGGCAUGUCCAAAUCUAUCCCGCGAUACAUACAUGCCAUGCCAUCCGUCUGCCUAUCUGGCGUACUUGUGCGAGCCGACAGAGCCCGGUCCAAACACCAUGUCGAUGCCACCGCCGGGCGCGAAGAGGGCGAGGGAGAUUGCUUGGAAAUCGUUGAAGAAGAGCUGAGACAUAUGGUGCUCAAGGAGGACAUGCACUGGGUGGGUGGGGUGUAGCUGACGAUGCAAUUCGACACGCACAGGGUCGAG